UGGAUUCAAGAACUCGAGAUGGCUGCGCGCUCCGCAGGUGUAUCAAUGAAAGAGAUCCAGCAGGUACUCGAUUGGGACGAGGGCAUGGAGUCUGAUACCGAAGAGGACGAUGUCCGUAUGACCACCGAUGACCCUGAGUAUCCCGUACCGAUCCCACGCGUUAGUGAAGUUUAUCAACAAGCAAUACCUGUCUUCAACCUGAUGGCCAGUGACCCUACCAACGACAAGCUCAGCCAACAGCUCAUGCAGUUCAAUGAGAAGAUUAGAGUGGAUAAUGUCAAAGAGAAACUCCAUGAACACGACUGGGAGAUUCCCGUUCAAUGGUUCAUUACACAUUACGGACUAAUUAGAGAGGCGCGUAUCCGUCUUGAGGCAAACCCUGAGGACGAAGAAGCAAAGAGAACAAUUAUGGCAGAGGAAUCCUUGAUUGACAAAGAGAUUCAGCUAAAGCAUUUCCCCACGCAGUGGUCAAUCUCAGCGGCAGAUGAAGCUUGGAAAAAGCAGCAUGAACAAACAUCACUGUUCAUUGUGUAUCCCUGGCCAACUAAGGUUCUGCCGGAUGGGUCUGUCAUUAUAGGAGUUAAAAGAAAUGGUUCUCAAGGCCGGCAGGUCUGUAUCGAGAUAGAGGAGGCUGGGAGAACUGUCCGCUAUCUCAAGCCAGCCUACAAAGUUGGCCUAAGAGCGGUCGACGAGUACGCCAAAGAGGAGGGGCAUAUGAACCUUGCCCAGGAACAGUCGACGUGGUCUAAAAAGAAUCGAAACGAUAUCAAGGAUCUUCUCUGGGUAACCAGCUCAGUAGUUAAGGGCGAACCCCCGAAGAGAGAUCCUGUUGCCUACUGCUGUAUUAAGCUUCACAGCGGUACACUGGCUAUUCUCACCAGAUCGAGCCUAUGCAAGGUUUGGGGGGAUAAGGACGCAAAGACCGCGAUCAAAGAGGCCUGCGACAGAGAUCAAAUUCUAACACCAUGGGAGGCUCGCGAAGCUAGCUAUAGCAACAAGGGCUUGGCCGUCGGACAACAAGACCGCCACGGCAGCUCCGGCGUUUCCCAGGGCAUUAAUCACCACGCAGACAUGCGCCAGAGCUCCGGCAGUCACUCCCAGGCGAACAGUCAGGCAGUGCCUCAAUUCGAGACUAGGCUCAACAGCCUUGAACAGCGCGUGAAUAAAAUGACGGACGAAACGUCCGAGAUGAAGCAGCAAAUGUCCAAUGUGAUGGCUCUUCUGAUGGAAAUUAAGCAGAAUACCUCCCGAACUGGCUCCCCGAGUGCUAAGUAG